AUGCUGGUGCUCAACGCCAACGAGGCGAUUCAUCAUGGACGUGGCACCAUUAACCACCAGUCAAUCACCGAGUUCACAAAUGUCGAUAUCGUUGUGUGGUGGGAGGGUGGUGAGGGUGAACCCUCCAACACGAUGAGCCCCGAGAUAUUCGGUCACAGCUUUACCAACUCCUCCGAUCCGAACUGGGUUCCAGAACCCGGUACUCGAGGAACUUUCAGCAUUCUGUCCGUAUGUCUCGUCACGCUCGGCCUCUGCGUGUGGACGGCAAUACACUUGAAUGUGCCCGAGCACAAGGAACCCGGCUGGAAACAGCUGAUGCGGAAAAUUGGGUGGCUGGUGUUUAGUUUGUUGAGUCCGGAGAUUAUUGCCUAUACGGCCUAUCAGCAAUAUGUGCAGGCUAGGUCGCUCGUCAACACAAUGAAUAAACAGGACAAUGAGCAUGACAGUGACUCGUUAAGCGAAAGUGAUUCACUCUACCAUGAUGGCCCGCCGUCUAACAGUAAGGGUUUGAUGGACAUCCUGGUAUCCUGGCUACAUCCUGGUAUCCUGGCUACCCUGGCUAUCACGACGCCGUCAAGGGGACGAAGAGGUGAUACUGUUGAAAAGUGGACCAUGGUACAUGGGUUCCUGGCAGUGAUGGGAGGCAUUGCGAUUGAGAUUAGGGACAGUGAUCCUAAAGUCGAUGAUGCAGACAGGAUGAUGAAUUUCCUCCCAGCCCAGGAAUUUACCAGCGUUAAAUGGAAACGCAAACGGCUCACCAUCAACAAAAGUCAACGGCAACGCACGCGGCUCACGUUGACCCCAAAGGGGUUACAGUUCUUGCAGGAAAAUGGCCAUGAAAUGUUGAUUCCUGAUCUUUCCGAGAACAGGAUCAAAGACAAAAGCAAAGGAAGCGCCCUCGCGAAGACGCUUGUCUGCAUCCAAGCAUCCUGGUUUUGUGUCCAAUGUCUCACACGAUUUGCGCAAGGCUUAGCAAUCAGUCUGCUCGAACUCAACACGCUCGGUCAUGCAAUUUGCACCUUGUUUAAUUACGCGCUAUGGUGGAAUAAACCCCUCGAUAUCGUCGAGCCUGAAACAGUCUUGAUUCACCCCAGCAGAAAGCGCGAAGAACUGGAAAAGGCCAAGCUCAUCGCAGCCAUGUGCUCUGCGAGCAGGUUGGACAAGGAAGCAUCGGAAUCGGAUCAUCUCCACUUCGAUGGCGAGAUGUUCGCCUUUCCUGUGCACUGUGGCACGAAAGAUGGGCCUGAUUCCCAUGUUGACUUGUCCGGGCGGCCCUUGAGAGAGAAGCGAUAUAGGCUCAAUAUGAGGGACAUAAACCCUAAAGAGCGCUAUAAAACCCGGCAAGGAGUAACUGAAGACACCCACCUCGACGAUGAGGACACAAUCAUUCUUGGACCUUUUUUUGAAACGAUGUUCCAUGGUGGUAUCAAUGCGAAUAUGUGA